AUGGCGCAAGUCGUACAACCCCUCGAUCAGCCCUCGUCCUAUCGCGACAGCCGAGCAGAGAUUGACCGAGAGAGUGAAAGGCGGCUACUCGCGCAGUCAAGUACGCUCUAUAUCGGGAACCUGUCCUUCUACACUACCGAGGCUCAAAUGUAUCAAUUAUUCUCCACCUGCGCCCGCCCAGAAGAAGGAGGCGGUGUCAAGCGAAUUAUCAUGGGGCUAGACAGGAACCAGAAAACGCCAUGCGGCUUUGCAUUCGUCGAAUACUAUCUCCACUCCGAAGCGGUCGAUUCCAUGCGGUAUAUCUCGGGAACGAAGCUGGAUGAGCGGAUAAUACGGUGUGACCUUGAUCCGGGAUACAAGGAUGGGCGGCAGUAUGGGCGGGGAAAGACGGGUGGGCAGGUCAGGGACGAGUUUAGGCAGGAAUACGAUAGUGGGCGAGGCGGAUGGGGUCACCAGCGACUGGAAGAGGAGCGGAGACGACAAGAGCAGGAGCGGAUUCGCGAGCAGAUGCAGGUCGAGACAUAUGCUGCGCCCGCGGAUAUCCCGAAAGGAGAGGGACAGGGCGAAGAGGACCGGUUCAAAAGGGAGAGAAGUGAGGAUGAGGAUGUGGAAAGGCGGGAUGACGAUAAGCGAUUCCGAGGAGAAUAG